GCUAUUGGUGGUUUUUGUUUCGGUUAUGACACUGGUGUCAUUUCUGGUGUAUUAACCAUGGAACCCUUCAUUCGACAAAUGACCAAUGGUGGCACUUUCCUUACUCCUAUGCAAACCUCUGUUAUUACCGGUUUAUUAUUAGCCGGUUGUUUCGUUGGUUCUCUUCUUGCUGCUCCUCUCUGUGAAAGAAUCUCUCGUAAAUAUACCAUUAUUGUUGCUUCUCUUGUCUUCAACGUUGGUGCCGCCAUUCAAGUUGGUGCCACUGGUUAUGACAUGAUGAUUGCUGGUCGUUUCGUUGCUGGUCUUGGUGUUGGUUCUCUUUCUAUGGCUGUCCCUCUUUACUUGUCCGAACUUGCACCCAAGGAAAUUCGUGGUCGUCUUAUCUCUCUUCAACAAUUGAUGAUUACCAUUGGUAUCAUGGUUGCUUUCUGGGUCGGUGCUGGUACUCAAUAUCUCACCUCUGAUGCCUCUUGGAGAAUCCCACUUGCCAUUCAAAUUGCCCCCGCUGCUGUUCUCAUGUUCGGUGUCAUCUUCCUUCCUUUCUCUCCUCGUUGGUUAGUCAACAAGGGUCGUAACGAAGAAGCUUUAGCUGUUCUUGCUCGUGUCCAUGCCAACGGUGAUAAGUCUGAUGCCGGUGUUGUUGCUGAAUACGAAGAAAUUCUUGCCCAAGUCGAACACGAACGUACCGUCUCUGUCUCCAGCUAUGUCGAACUCCUCAAGGGUACUGUCCGCAGAAGACUUAUUUUGGGUAUUCUUAUUCAAAUUUUCCAACAAUUCACUGGUAUCAACUCCAUCAUGUACUAUGCUCCCGUCAUUUUCCAACAAGCCGGUAUUCAAGAGAAAUCUGCUACUUUGAUUGCCUCCGGUGUCAAUGGUUGUCUUAACGUUCUCUCUACCAUCAUUCCCAUCAUCUAUCUUGAUCGUCUUGGUCGUCGUGUUGUCCUUAUCUCCGGUGCUUUAGUUAUGGGUAGUGCAAUGUUGCUUUGUGGUAUUGUUAUGGGUGCCACUGCCAAGGUCACUUAUGAUCCUAUCAAGGAUGUCAAGGAAGUUGACAUGUCUGGUAACACUGCUGCCUCUUACUUCUGUAUUGUCAUGGUCUACGUCUUUGUUGCUGGUUUUGCUUACUCUUGGGGUCCUUGUGGUUGGGUCUACCCCGCCGAAAUCUACCCUCUUUCCAUUCGUGCCAAGGGUACCUCUAUCACCACCGCUGCUAAUUGGCUCAUGAACUUUAUCAUUUCCCUCUUUGUCCCUGUCAUGUUGACUAGUAUUACUUGGGGUACUUAUAUCUUCUUUGGUUGUUGUUGUGCUGUCAUGGCUACCUGUGUCUUCCUCUUCUACCCUGAAACCAAGGGUCGUUCUCUUGAAGAGAUGGAUGUUGUCUUUGCUGGUCGUGCUCUUGCCUAUAAGGAUGUUAAGAACGCCGAAGCCAAGUUUGCUCAAGGUUAUGCCAACCAUAAGGAAGGUUCUUUCCAAGAUACCAAGGAACAACAAGUUUAGAUAAUGAGAAGAAGAACUGGCUUUCUUUGACUACAAUCUAAACAAAUCAAACUUAAACACAAACAAAUCAAACAAAAAAACUCUUUAAUAUGAAUGUCGAAUAUUAAUAACUAUUUUACCCUUCACCUCCACUUUUUUCUAACCUAUUACCCUUUAUUUUGCAUCAUAUUAACUCUUAUCUAUUUGAAAUACUUUUUUCAUUAAAUUCUCUUUUUUAAUAAUAAUAAAAUUCACUAAAUUUUUUUUUUUUUUUU